AUGCAUAAUGAUUUAACUGGGAUUGGUCAGAAAGUUAAUGCCCAUGUAGUGUCGAUCAAGCAACUUGAGCAACAGUUUUGUCAGUUGUCCGCUACUUGGAACCUACGCCAGCCUGCCCCAUUUUAUAGCAACACCAUCCAAAAUCCAAAAAAUGAUGGGCAUUGUAUGGAAGUCACUACUCGCAGAGGAAAACAGACUAUAGAUCCCCCCAUGUCAUCUGAGGUUGAAAAAGUGAUAAGAAAUAAUGAGGAUGAGAAUGAGAGGCCUGGGUAUGCGAAAUUCAUGAAAGACUUGGUGACCAAAAAGAGGGCUGUCAGUUUCGAGAAUGAAGAGAAGUUACAACAUUGUAGUGUUAUUUCUACUAUGUCACUUGUGCAGAAGAAAGAGGAUCCUGGAGCUUUCACUAUUCCUUGCACCAUUGGGAUAUUGCACUUUGCGAAAGCAUUAUGUGAUUUGGGGGGCCACAUUGACUUGAUGCCAUUAUCGAUCUAUAAGAAGUUGCGCCUAGGAGCUCCAAAGCCGACUGCGAUGCGUUUACUUAUGGCCUAUAGAACUGUGAAGAGGCCCAUUGGAGUGCUACAAGAUGUCCUUGUGAAAGUGGAGUCAUUAAUCCUUUCGGCAGACUUUGCUAUACUAGAUUUUGAGGUUCCUAUCAUCUUAGGGAGACUAUUUCUUGCUACUGGGCGCGCGUUGGUUGAUAUGGAGAGAGGUCAGAUGAAGUUUCGUUUAAACAAUGAGGAGGUUACUUUUAACAUUUGUAGAUCUAUGAAGCAUGAGUAUGAUCUUAAGUCGGUAUCGGUGGUCAAUCAUAUUGAGGAGCAAUAA